GUGCUCUUCUGACCUGGUUGCCAUUUUACAUAUGUAUCUGGGAUGUAUGAAUGGAUAUUUGACGGAAUCUCGUCGUUAUUUGAGCCCACUACGGGUCAAAACCACCAAGCUAAUAACGGGGAGCUGCUGACAAGCACGCUAGCACGGCGCCGAGAGAGCCACGGUAGACCGGUCAAGAGGAGCUACCAGAGUGUUGAUGCAGCAGACAGUGUUGGCCAGAGCGAGCCGGUUUCAGCAAAAAGGUGUAGACGAGAUGUGGUGAUAAGUUUCGUCAAGAACACUGUGGCCGGGGUUGCAAGCCUGCUUCGGUUGCGGAAACCAUGCCCCAAUAAUCAUGUACAGUAUCCGGACACUUAUUUAAAGUCUGUCGCGCUGGGAAUCGAUGAGCUGGGCACUCCAUGGGUGACAAGCCCUGACUGGAGAAUGGAUAAACCAGGGAUCGGAAUGAAUGAUAGGGCUGGAGCUAGGCCCUUCCAGAGCUCCUUGCCACCAUUAAGGAGGAAAUUCAGUGGAACCACUGUGUCUUCUGAGAUGAGGGGCUCCCUUCAGCUGCUGCCUUCACGGCCCUCUGUGAGUGUGGGAAUGCCCAACGCCAACCAGACUAGUUGCAAUGGCUUUGGACACAAUCGCUGCUACAAACCCAGUCUUACCGUGGAAGAGACCAUCAAGCAGAAUGACAAAGAGCACUACAGACGCCUGCUGGAGAUGGUGACAGAAAAAUACAGCAAAAGCCAGCCGCUACCUUUCAAUCAAACAAAACCAAAAGCCGUGUUGCUCUCCCACGGUGAACAUGCAGUAACAAGAAAGCCUUCCGAGUCGGCUUCCAAAAAGAUGCCAUAUUCCCCUUGCCCCGGCGCGCUACCUCGGAGAAUUGCUCCUGUAAAUAAGAGCAGAUGGGGUGCCCUGCCUCUCAGCAACUCGGAUGACAGACAGCAUAUGAAAUGUUCAAAGAAACCAUUUUCGGAUUGGGACCUCUCCACUGAAGUUGCCACUCGCCUCAACCUUGUGGACCGAGUGGCGCCCGCCGCCAGCCCGGCGGACUCGCACACACUCUCCACGCAUGUCCGACACACCGACGACGAUAUACCUCGACUCACCAAGGAGAUGGCGGCCGAGGUGUGCGGCGCUCUGGCCCAGAGUGACCCCAACUUGGUUUUAAGUGCUGCUUUCAAGCUGCGCAUCACGCAGAGAGACCUGGCCACUCUUCAGGAAGGCGGCUGGCUCAACGACGAGGUGAUCAACUUCUACCUUUCCUUGGUCAUGGAGGAGAGUUCCAACUCUGCCGCGGGACCACGGGUGUACUCGUUCAGCACCUUCUUCUACCCGAAGCUCCGCGGCAGUCCGGGCGGGCUGGCCGGUGGUCACGCCGCCGUGAAGCGCUGGACCAAAGCCGUGGACAUCUUCCUCUAUGACCUGCUACUGGUCCCGCUACACAUGGGCGUCCACUGGGCCUUAGCUGUGAUAGACUUGAAAGCAAAGACGGUGAAGUCGUACGACUCGAUGGGCCAAAGACAUGAUGCUGUUUGCGGUCUACUGCUCCUCUACUUGAAGGAGGAACACAGAGCAAAGAAAGGCAGAGAUCUGGACACCACCAAAUGGAACGUCAGUUGCAUGCGGCCCACUGAGAUUCCCCAGCAGAAGAAUGGCAGCGAUUGCGGUGUGUUUGCGUGUAAAUACGCUCAAUAUAUCGCUAAAGGAAAGCCGCUCACCUUUAGACAGUGGCACAUGCCUCUUUUCCGGAAGCUGAUGAUUUGGGAAAUUGUGCAUCAGAAACUCCUAUAGCUUGCUCAGCGCGUCAGCAUCAGAUACCUGCAAAGGACUAACACACACGGCACCCCCCCCCCCCCACCUCUCCGAGUUGUAAUUGGAGACAUUUAGACACAAGCAACAACCAUUGGUGUUAAUUUAAUUUUAUUUUUUUUAAGGAAAACCUUUGUGUUGGAAGUCCUGCCGCAAGUGCCUUUCAGGGUUCUCACACUGAAACUGGAGAGGUUGACAUCAUACUGAGCUAUGUUGUCGUAUUCACUUAUUACAGUAUGUGCAGGUCACUUCCAUGUUUUUCGCAAGAUGCUAAUUUAUUCAAGCACUACUCCGGAGAUGUUGACAAACUUGGUGAAAUCAUUAUUUUUUGAAAUGACUGAAUGAGAAUAUAUAUUUUUGUUUCCCCCAGUUUAAUAAACUGCUAAGAGAUGUGAGGCACAUUGCGUACAGUAUUGAAUGCAUAGCAAACUACUGUAUACAAAUGCAUGUUUAAGUUCAUGCUUUAAAGUGUUUUUUUGUUUGUUUCCCCUCAUGUAAUAAAAGUUUAUAAUAUAA